CUCUCCGAGCCAUACAUCUCAGAUCAGUAUAUACCAAAACAUAUAGAGAGAAGCGAGAGAUCGAGAUGGACAGAAAGGUGGCUGCAAAGAUGAUGCGAGCAGUGAUACUGACCAUACUAAUGGUAGUAAUAUCAGGACACAUGUUAAUCUGGAUGAUGAUGCCUACCAAUGUUUACAAAUCCACUUGGUUGCCCCGUAUUCGUGCUGCUUCCUCUUCUACCUACUUUGGACUCCAAGGCUCAACACUUCUUGUCAACACGUUUCCCGUACUGUUUGCUGCUGUUCUGGCUUGUUUUUAUCUUCAUUUAGCCAACACUUUUCCUAAUCAAGGUGAGUCAUCGAAAACACGAGGGAUGAGCGCCUGGAGAAGACGGGUGAUCGUGAAAGGGCUAGGCAUUGUUUCUCUCACAGAGCUGUCUUUCCUCAUCAUCUUCCUCGCGCUUUUGCUUUGGUCUUUCUCAACCUACUUGCACGUCGGCUUUGGAAAAAUUACUCAUAAAUCUGCAGCAAAGGAAGGCGAAAAAAUGUGGGAAGCAAAGCUGGAGAGUGCUGCAAAAAGACUUGGAUUCAUGGGAAACCUAUGCGUGGCCUUUCUGUUUUAUCCGGUGACAAGGGGCUCCUCGCUACUGCCUGUGUUUGGACUUACCUCGGAGUCGAGUGUCAAGUAUCACAUUUGGGUCGGCCACAUUACUAUGACCUUCUUGUCUGCUCAUGGUGUUUGCUAUAUUCUUUUCUGGGCUCUCACAAAUCAACUCUCAGAGAUGCUGAAAUGGGCUAAGGUUGGUGUAGCAAAUGCAGCCGGAGAACUAGCUCUGUUGAGUGGAUUGUUGAUGUGGUUAACCACAUUCCCUCGCAUAAGAAGAAAGUUUUUCGAGCUCUUCUUCUACACUCAUUAUCUUUACAUUCCAUUUAUAUUCUUCUUUGUUAUUCAUGUUGGCAUCUCUUAUGCUUGCAUUAUGCUUCCAAGUUUCUACCUCUUCAUCAUCGACCGAUACCUCCGGUUUCUGCAAUCACGACAAGGCGUCCGUCUAGUUUCUGCGCGUGUUCUUCCCUGUGAAACUGUUGAGCUCAACUUCCUGAAAAGUGGAGGUUUGAGUUAUACUCCAACAAGCAUUAUGUUUCUGAAUGUGCCAAGCAUUUCCAAAAUGCAGUGGCAUCCAUUUACGAUUAGCUCUAGCAGUAGCUUGGAGCCAGAGACCCUUAGUGUCAUCAUUAAAGGUGAGGGAAGCUGGUCCAGGAAGCUUUUCCAGACGCUCUCUUCGCCAUCUUCUCUUGAUCGCCUUCAUGUCUCCAUCGAGGGACCAUAUGGACCUGCAUCAACUAGUUUCUCAAGGCACGACGAACUAGUGAUGGUGAGUGGUGGAAGCGGCAUUACCCCAUUCAUAUCCAUCUUCAGAGAGCUUGUUUACUUGUGUGAGACACUGAAAUGCAAGACCCCGAAGAUUCUUCUCAUCAGUUCCUUCAAGAACUCUUCUGAUCUUACCAUGCUAGACCUGCUCCUUCCGAUUUCCAGCACCCCCUCGGAACUUUCCAAGUUGAAUCUACAAAUAGAAGCAUAUAUCACCAGGGAAACACAAUCAAUUACAACACAGAACAGUGAAAAACUACCAAGUUAUAAUGUUUGGUUCAAACCAAACCUAUCAAACACUGCCAUAACUCCAGUUCUAGGCCAAAACAGUUGGCUCUGGCUUGCAGCAAUAAUCUCAUCGUCGUUUAUUGUUUUUCUCAUCGCAAUGGGGACUUUAACCCGAUUCUACAUCUACCCCAUCGAUCACAACACAAACAAGCUUUAUCCAUACUCAUCUAGAGCUGUUCUUAACAUGUUACUCAUAAGUCUUUCCAUAGCUAUGACUGCUAGUGGUGCAUUUCUGUGGAACAAGAGAAACUGCGAUAUCACGGAAAGAAAGCAAGUUCAGAACAUGGAAGGAACGCCAGAUUCGGGGUCUUAUACCACAGACAGAGAACUCGAAAGCCUCCCACAACAAUGGCUUGCUCAAUCUACUAGUUUGCACUACGGAGAGAGGCCAGACUUAAAGAGAUAUUUAUUUGAGAGGAAGGAAGCAAGUGUGGGAGUGCUUGUUUGUGGUCCGAAGAAGAUGAGACAUGAGGUUGCAGACAUAUGUUCAUCUGGUUUGGCUCAAAACCUGCAUUUCGAGUCCAUUAGCUUCAGCUGGUGAUUUUCCAGUGCUAAUAUUGUGAAAGAAAGAGCAGCGCUUGUAAAAUCUAAUGUAAUGUUCUGCAUCAGUCGUUCGUUUUGCUUGUAAUGCCAUAAUGAUAUGAUCCUACUGAAAUAAAAUCAUAUCUGAAAUAUCUAAUAAAACUCCGAAAUGCAUUUCAAAUGAUUUUAGCUGAA